CAUUAGCCUAUUCCCCCACACCAUCCGCAAUCUCAUUCACUGACUGUCAGCCUCGGAGACAACAGCCUACUUCCGUCUCUCGGUCCUGCGCGAGGAUUCGAGCCUCAAUACGGAUUCUGCUCAGCUGUUUGAGAGAGAAACAAGCUUCCCCAUGAGGACUUAAUGCAGUGACAACUAAACAAAGAGCUAUCAAAUCACCACUGACCAGAAAAACGAAAAACAGGACUGAAAAAAACAAAACUAUACAAAGGACCUAUUAUCUUCUCCAAAUCCAAACAUCUCAGAUAGCUUACAUAGUUCCCUUAGUGUUUCGCUUGCGUGUUGCCUGUCAACAGAAUUACAUCAUAGAAAUAACGGUUGGGCUGGCUCGCUGGAAUCACACAGUUGAAAAACGUUAUGUUUUUCUAUUCAACCCAGAUAGCGCUGUUUAAUUGUUUGUGAGAUAUUUGUAUUUAUUUUAGCCCAAAAAUGAGGAGCAUACAUAGUAUGUUUGUGAUAUAAGCAACGCAGCAUUGCUCUGCUAAGUGCAAACAGCAAUGCUGCUGAAUCAUGUCCAUUGCUAGAGAGACCCACCAGCACCAACACAGGUCUCCAUAUCUACUGUCAGGGCAGUGUACUUUCUACUGCUGUCUGCCCAGAAGUAGUGGUCGUCACACUAGUACUGUGUGCUAAUGUGGCUCUAGCUAUCCACUCUGAGACACUGGCCCUCAGAAAGAGUAGUUGCUGCACGAGCAACAGAUACUGGGGAUCCAAAUAAGCUAAACUGAGAUACAGUGAUUACUCAAGCCUUAGUUAUCUUCAGUAGCCCAACAAACACGAUGUCAUCAGACAACGACGAGACGGGCUCCGACCUAUCAGAUUCCCUGGAGGUCCGUGAGGUCCUACAGUUCCAGAACCAGUAUCAGUACAUGACCCAUGACACAGGGAGCUGCUUCAAGUCCAAGAGUCUCCCCAUCCUGAAUGGGCCCUCUCUGUCAGGCUGUGAUGAGCCUCUGCUGGGGGAACCACGUCUGGUCCUUACCACCCAAACCUCCAUGGCCACAGCAGCCACCGACCACCACAGCAGCCAGCUCCAUCGCCAAACCCCCACUGACCCUGACUCUAGCCAGGCAGAGUCUCCCUCCUCUCUGACAGACUUCAAGCUCCAGUCCCCCUCGGCCUCCAGCCUGAUGGGGCUGAGAAGCUCCAUGGCCACUGGAGCCAGGGAUAAGAAACUAGGCUUCUCUUUAACCCGCUUCCUCCGUAUCCCCGCCAGGAAGUAUGUGCAAGCCAUCCUGGCCGACUCGCGCUGCUUCCUGUUCUGCAUGUGCUACCUGACGUUCAUCCAGUCGCUGAUGGUAUCGGGCUACCUGAGUAGCGUCAUCACCACCAUCGAGAAGCGUUACAGCCUCCGCAGCUCCGAGUCCGGCCUUCUUGUCAGCUGCUUUGACAUCGGCUCUCUCUUCGUCGUCGUCUUCAUCUCCUACUUUGGAGGCAGGGGUCAGAGGCCGCGUUGGCUGGCGGUAGGAGGGGUGUUCAUAGCCGUAGGGGCGGCUCUGUUCUCCUUGCCACACUUCAUCUCACCACCCUACCAGAUCCAGGAGCUCAACUCGUCCACGGGCCACGAGGGUCUGUGCCAGAGCGGGAACGGCAGCGGGCGGGAUGCCUUGGACGUGGCGUCGUGCCCCCGAGACCAGGAGGGUAACGAACACAACCUGUACGUGGCGCUAUUUAUCUGUGCACAGAUCCUGGUGGGUAUGGGGUCGACGCCCAUCUAUACCCUGGGACCCACCUACCUGGACGACAACGUCAAGAAGGAGAAUGCCUCCCUCUACCUCGCUGUCAUGUAUGUGAUGGGAGCCCUGGGGCCGGCAGCGGGAUAUCUGUUAGGAGGAGUUCUGAUUGGUUUCUACGUCGACCCCACAACUGUCGUCCAUAUUAACCAGAGUGACCCACGCUUUGUUGGCAACUGGUGGAGUGGGUUCUUGCUGUGCUCUAUAGCCAUGCUCCUGGUCAUCUUCCCCAUGUUUGCCUUCCCUAAGAAGCUGCCUCCGCGCCACAAGAAGAAGAAGAAGAAGAUGACCUCAUCAGUAGAUGACGUGUCCAGCGAUGAUGAUUUUAUGAUGGAGAAGGGGGAGGGACAGGAUGUCCAGACCGGCAUGGGCUUCGGGAAGGACAUCAAAGACCUCCCCAAGGCAGCGAUAAGGAUCCUGUCCAACACGACGUUCCUGUUUGUCAGUCUGUCCUACACAGCAGAAUGUGCCAUCGUUACAGCCUUCAUCACAUUCAUUCCCAAGUUCAUAGAGUCCCAGUUUGGCAUCCCUGCUUCUAACGCCAGCAUAUACACAGGUGUGAUCAUCGUGCCCAGUGCUGGGGUGGGUAUCGUCCUAGGGGGCUACAUCAUCAAGAAGCUGAAGUUGGGAGCCAGAGAGUCAGCCAAGCUGGCUAUGAUCUGUAGCGGGGUGUCUCUGCUCUGUUUCUCUACGCUCUUCAUCGUGGGCUGUGAGAGCAUCAACCUGGGAGGUAUCAAUAUACCAUACACCACUGGGCCCACUCUGACUAUGACCCAUCAUAACCUGACUGGAGGCUGUAAUGUGAACUGUGGCUGUAAGAUCCAUGAGUAUGCCCCGGUGUGUGGCUCUGACAGCAUCACCUACUUUAACCCCUGCCUGGCUGGGUGCAGCAUGGUGAGCAACGGCAGCACUGGGAUCAGGAACUACACAGAGUGUACGUGUGUCCAGAGCCGACAGGUCAUCAGCCCUCCCGCUGGUGGUCAAGGCAACCAACUGCAGCUGGUCAUCGUUAAGACCUACCUGAACGAGAACGGCUUCGCGGUGUCGGGGAAGUGUGACCGCACCUGUAACACCCUCAUCCCCUUCCUCAUCUUCCUCUUCAUCGUCACACUCAUCACCGCCUGCGCUCAGCCCUCCGCUAUCAUAGUCACUCUCAGGUCUGUGGAUGAACAGGAGAGACCAUUCGCUCUGGGGAUGCAAUUUGUCCUGUUAAGAACUCUGGCAUAUAUUCCUACUCCCAUCUAUUUUGGGGCGGUGAUCGACACCACCUGUAUGCUGUGGCAGCAGGACUGUGGCGUCCACGGCUCCUGCUGGGAGUACGACGUCACUUCCUUCCGCUUCGUCUACUUCGGCCUGGCCGCCAGCCUCAAGUUCAUUGGCUUCAUCUUCAUCUUCCUCACCUGGUACUCCAUCAAGUACAAGGAGGAGCAGGCGGAGCGCUGGCACCAGCGACUACCCCCGUUGGGCACUGUCUCGGACCUCAUCUGCCACGUGGGGGGCCAGAAGAGCCAUGCCCGAACCCGCUCCUGCCCGGUGUUCAUCCCGCCUUGCGACCACCCUCCCGUGGCACUCCUUCUCAACCGGGGUCACAGCACCAUCACCCUCGUUAACAGAGCAAUAAACCCGCCCCUCCCUCUCGGCUGAUGCCACACACAGUAGCUCCGCCCACAUAUGAGAGCAGGAAGUAAACAGACCACACCUCUUCCUCUUUAGGUCACACCUCUACCUGUUCCUCCCCGGGGGUUGUGACACGUGCCUUCCUGUUCCUGUCUCCACCCUGUUUCUAAAAUAUACACCAAUCAGGUGGUGGGGGCGGUGAUUUCCAUGGCUCUGAUUGACAGGCAGAGAGACCAAUAGACUGAUAGUGACAGAGGGCAUUUGUGGUAUUAAAGAGCUGGCCACAGUUAUAUGGGCGUGUCACAGGGGAACAGCUCGACUCCCUAUUGACCUACAGAGCUGUCUGUCUCUGCUGUGCACAUCAUUAGCUGCAGAGUGGAGGCUGGUGGGAGGAGCUAUAGGACAGGUUCAUUGUAAUGGCUGAAAUGGAAUUAAUGGAAUGGAGUCAAACAAGUGGUUUCCAUUGAUACCAUUCCAGCCAUUACAAUGAGCCUAUCCUACAGCUCCUCCCACUUGCGACACAGCAUGUACAGAAGUUAACACACAACUGUUUGGGAUCAAUUCGAAUUGAAGGCAGUCAAUUCAGGAAGCAAACUGAAUCGAUAGUCAAUGACUUCUCAAACUGAAAAGAAGCUAUUUAUGUAAAGUUUUCAAUUUUGGAAUUUUAAAUUCAAAUCACUUCCUGAAUUGACUCCAACACUGAUACAUUUCAUAAAUUAAAAUGUUUGUGUAUCAACAUGAUCACAUGGUGCUACUGUACUGUAAAAUGGGCUGGGCAUUAGUAUAUUCUAAUAUUAUUCUUCUCAGAAGUGACAUGUGGAUUUCCCAUGAUGCCUCAUCACAGUUGUAGCGUUUCUCUCAAGCACAACAUACUAACUGACAAACCUGUUCUAUUCUAUGCAAUGUCCUGUGUACUCCCAUACAGACAGACAUACACCUCUUUGUACUGUAUGGACUUACUGUAUGUACCCCUCUCUGUGCUUGCAUCUCAAAUGGCACCCUAUUCCCUAUAUAGUGCACUAUUUUUGACCAGGGUCCAUAGGGCUCUGGUCAAAUGUAGUGCAUUAUACAGGGAAUAGGGUGCCUUCUGGGACACAGCCUAUCACCCAUUCAAUCACAUUAUACCACAGCUGAGCAUAUCCAGCUAAUAUUUAAUGUGGUUAGCAGCAACAUUAAACAGUACUAUUUAGGAGGGGAUUAUAUCGACUUAAAACUCAGUCAUACAUGAGACAUUUGUCCAGUUCUGUCUGUCCUUGUGACCGUCUGUUUAAACUCUUGGUCCAGAGCAGAGAAUGGGCCACCCAUUUAUUUGACUCUUCAGCCCCCUUUGAAACAGUAACUCAGGCUGUGUGGGCCUAUCAUUGGUUGCUGGCUAGCUGAUUAAUGCUAAUAGCUACGAGGGUAACCUGCUAGCCAACUAGCUUGCUUAUUUCCAAUGGCUAGUUAGUAGCUAAUGCUAAUAGCUACAAGGCUAACCGGCGAGCUAGCUAAUAUCCAAGGGCCAGAUACUGGCUAAUGCUAAUAGCUACCAGUCUAACCUGCUAACUAGCCUAUUUCAAAGAUUAUGGAUAUAGUGACAAGAUACAGUGACAAGAUACAUGUCUCUCCAUCCUAACAACCGGAGUCAUUGUCCACAAAGCAGCACGACUGGCUGUCUAGCUCCCAGCUAUUCUUUCUUUGGAUAUGUGGAUACAUUUCAUUAUUGUAAUCCUGAAUAUUCGAUGAAGGUUGUUGACGUGAACCGAUAUAUUCAAUGGGCAGAGAUGCUAUGCUUACUAGCCUCAUACCAUGAAUAUGCAUAGCCGUCUUGAGACAAGUCCUCAUAUGAAGUGUUUUUUCUCAAAGUUGCCGGGAUGUCAUGUGUCCUAGUUAUAUCAGUAUACUCGUAACAACGUAAGCAUUACAACACUUUUAUUAGAUCAAGUAAACCUCAUGUAGCAAAUAAGCCAUAAACAAAAUGUAUUGACCAAAUUCGAUACUCUUAUUAACCUCCGUACCAAGCAAGGCUUGGUGGGUGAAACAACGAACAAACGAGGGAGACAUAUUUCCCCUCGAGUUGGGCCUCUCUCUUCCUCUCUGCCUAUAUCCAAAGACGAGUUACUAACCAACUGUCCACCUAGUCAGGAGUGGUGGUCUGCACCAUAGAUAGUUAGUCUGUGUGGAGUUAGUCUUCAUUAGGACUUUAACUUUACUCCAGGGCAAUGGGGAACACAAACACAGUUUUGUAUUUAUAACAUAACAUUAGGUGGUCUUUGCUGGAAGGGAAAACUCAGUCAUAAUCCUCAUCCAAAAGAAUAUGACAUAAGAGAACUAAAAGCUGUCAUUUUAACUGCAAAUAUCUACAAAAUGUUUUGUUUUUUACUUGUUUGAAAAAGUAUUGAAUUUGUUUUGAAUUGAAUUUCCCUUUAUAUGUUAAAGGGGUAAUUCGGGAUUUUGGCAAUCUACUUCCCCAAAGUCAGAUGAACUCGUGGAUACCAUUUUGAUGAAGGAAGUUAGAGGUAGUUUCGCGAGCCAAUGCUAACUAGUGUUAGCGCAAUGACUGGAAGUGUAUGGGCAUCUACUAGCAUGAACCCAGCCCAUUUACAAACUGACUCUACACUAGGUCCAAUAUUGCUUCAUUUCAGCAUUGUUGUAUUGACAGUUAGGCAUUUAAGAGGUAAUGUAGUAAGGAAUAAAUCAACAAAGCCCAUUAUAUCAACAGAUAAGUCAUAAUAACAAGAAACAGUAUAACUGAUUUUUUUUUAAUCAUUCAGUUCAGGAGUGACUGGGACCCACCCUCUGCUGGACAUAAACAUGAAUUGCAGCCCGUGAAAAAGACAGUGAACGGUCUACCCUUUACCAAGGCUUCCCAGAAAUUCCAGUAAAAAGAUUUCCGGAAUCAUGAGGGAAUAAGCAUGAAAUCCAUAAUCCUCACGGAAUUUUUGGAAAACCUGUGAAAGUUACUGGAAUUUUGCCACCCUACACAGACCUACUACUAAUACUGUUUUUGUAAAACUGGACUGCUGCUGUGAAUUUACUACUUGUUUUUGUUUUCUAGGACACUUUUUAAGAACAUAAACCAUUAUGAACAGCAACUACAGUAUUUAUACCUUGUUUGGCAUGAGGCAUGCCUCAUAUCCAUUAUAUAUUUGCGCUUUUAAAACCGGUUUCCAAAGAACAGCGGAUUUAUCUGAUGCAGUGGUAAAGUUUUAUGAAUUAGGCUGGGAUUCAAUCCCGAUCGGGCUUUGUCCACAAUGCAUGUUUUAAAGGCAAUGUUCCCGCGUGCGAGGAGACCACAGUCACAGUAAAGGCUGCACAUGUUGGCUCAACCGGAAGUUACUUCAAAUGCCACAUUGUCCAAAGGCUGCGAUGGGAUUAAAUCCCAGCCUAAAUGUCUUUGUCCUCAAGUUAUGUAAGAGACUGCUGUGUGUCUAUGAUGAUACUUGGCUGAAAAAUGCCAUGUUAUGGUUUCUUAUUAGUAUGAUCAUGAAUUAGUAGCUAACUGUUCCCAAACUAUUAUCAUGUAAAUAUUUCAAGAUAUAAAAUCAACGUAUUAUAGAGCUUAAACUUAGUUAGAAGUAGGUAUUUAUGAACUAACCCUAACCAUUGUAGACGACAUCAUAAAAUGACUUAAAAAUACAAAAACAAGGAAACCGUAUAUUUGAUUCUCUGUGCCUGAAUGACCUACAGUAUUUUACAUAGGAACGACCUGUUACAUUGAAUUUGGGGGAUUGGGGAGUGGGUUGUAUUUUGCAAUAUGUUAUUUUGUUGAUGGGUCCAUUUGAAUUGGUUGGUGUUGAAGCCCUCUCUUUGGCUCCAUCCAAAACGACCUAUUUUGCAUCUCAAAUGGCACCCUAUUCCCUAUAUAGUGCACUAUAGGGCAUAGGGUGCAAUUGCAGAUGUAGCCUUAGCCUUCUCGCAACACUUCUCCAAGGUAGACUGUAGACUUGCUUUCCAUCUCUUUCUCUCCUUUCUCUAGCUCUCUUUCUUUUGAUCAGUAUUUCUUCAGAACGUGUUUUCAUUAUUUCAUGGACUGACAGUGUACUCUGACAGUGUAUUCCAUCCCAAAUGGCACCCUAUUUCCUAUAUAGUGCACUACUACCCAUAGGGCUCUCUGGUCAAAAGUAGUGCACUAUAUAGGGAAUAUGCUGCUAUUUGGGAUGGAAACUGGAGGUCUGCAGCCCUUGAUUUGUGUUCCUCAGGAGCAGAAGUCGAAACCAUAUUUGUGGACACUUGGGCUCCAUACUUGCGAACAUUAGAACAUUUUCUCAGUCUCAAAAUGCGCAUCAGCCAAUUCAAAUUGGUGACAUAGUUGCACCUUGUAAAAUGCUAUAUGUUAGCUGUUCCCAUUACCUAAUCUGGCACAUUUAGCCAUAUGCUAACCAGGCGGCAGUGAUUAUUUCCUGUAAGAAAUUCCACAUCAGCCUAUCAAGAUCUUAGACUUUAUAUCCAUCAACCAAUGGCAUUUCUUAAAAUAGGUUGACUUGGCCACCAGAUGUAUAUGUUAAACUUCCAAAUUAAAUUACCUUUGUUCCACUUGAUCUGUCACAAUUGUAGUGUGCCAAUAUUUCAUGACAAUGAAUCCUUGACUAGGCUACUAAAAUUCAAGAGGCACAUUUUUGCUCAUCCAUUUCACACACGUUCAUGUGCUUUUACGGGAAAAAGGUCUAUAAAACGUUUAUUAAGUUUAUCGUACAUCGUUAGCGUAUGCCACUAAGGUGAUGUGAAUCUUCGGAGUACAGUAACCGUGGGUUAGAGGCCCCCACAUCUCAUGAAGCUCAUGAAGGGGGAAAAAAAAGAAAAUGACCAGAAGCCAGACUUACAAUACUGACCUAUCCGUCCAGUUGAAAUGUUGCAUGUAUUUUAGUAACUUUAAUUAGCAGAUGGUGCCGUUUGAGUCAUGUUAAAGAUGCUCUCAUGGAAAAGUGGCCCAAAAACGUCAUGAUCAGUGCCACCUGGUCAGGUUAGCAUAGGGCUAAAUGUGCCAGGUUAUCUAAUGGGAACUUCCAAAUGAAUGUUUUAUCACGUGCAACUACGUCAACGAUUUUAAUUGGCUGAUGCACAUUUUGAGACGGAGAAACUCUGACCUUAAACUAAUGGACCCUUGGUUUACAAAUGCCUUGAAUACUUGAUAUGUGUCAUUAAAAAACUGUAAAAAGGA